AAGUUUCUAAACGCAGUCUUUUCACUUUACGAUGUCCUGUGUCCUCAUUCCAUGUGAAAAUCUUCAGUUUUUCUUCAUUAAUCAUCCAUUCAAAGCUCGCCACGUCGAGAAUGUUACUGCACAAUCAAUGCAAUACCGUGUGAGGCGACACAGUAGAUCGGAAUAGACUUACACGUGCAUCCUCCAUUUUCUAACUUUCUGAAUUGCAAUCUCUCUCUUAUUUUUUUUUUUUCUGUUAAGUGGGUUGAAUUGCUUCAUUUGGGUCCAAAAAUGGCAGGCAGGAAGAGAAGAAAGUUGAAUUCGUUGGUUGCAGCAGCCACGGAUAAUAAAAGGGUGACAACCAAAAAUAAGAGAGAGAAGCUGGAGCUACAAGCUUGGUCUGACCUUCCUAUGGAACUUCUGGAACUAAUAUUUUGUCAUUUAUCUCUAGAGGAUAACAUUCGCACCUCUGUUGUUUGCAAGAGAUGGCACACAGCUGCUAUUUCUGUCAGAGUGGUAAACCAAUCACCCUGGCUUAUGUAUUUUCCAAAAUAUGGUAAUUUGUAUGAGUUCUAUGACCCAGCACAGCGCAAGACCUAUUCCCUUGAGUUACCAGAGUUGUAUGGGUCAAGAGUCUGUUACACUAAAGAUGGUUGGUUGUUGCUGUACAGACCCAGAACUCACCGAGUUUUCUUCUUUAAUCCAUUUACUAAGGAAGUGAUCAAACUGCCAAGGUUUGAAUUGACAUAUCAGAUAGUUGCCUUCUCUUCUUCCCCAACAUCUACUAGCUGCGUCAUUUUUACAGUUAAGCAUAUCAGUCCUACAGUUGUUGCUAUCAGCACCUGUCAUCCUGGUGCAACUGAGUGGGUUACUGUUAAUUACCAAAAUCGCUUGCCUUUUGUUAGUAGUAUUUGGAACAAGAUAGUUUUUUGCAGUGGACUCUUUUACUGCCUAAGUCUCACAGGCUGGCUAGGUGUAUUUGACCCGACUGAAUGUACGUGGAAUGUUCUUGUUGUGCCUCCACCUAAGUGCCCUGAAAAUUUUUUUGCUAAAAAUUGGUGGAAAGGAAAAUUUAUGUCAGAGCAUAAUGGAGACAUUUUAGUUAUUUAUACAUGUUGUAGUGAAAACCCAAUUAUAUUUAAGUUGAACCAAUCAAAUAUGAUAUGGGAAGAGAUGAAGACACUUGAUGGUUUAACACUAUUUGCCAGUUUCUUAUCAUCUCAUUCAAGAAUUGAUCUCCCUGGAAUAAUGAGAAACAGUAUCUACUUCUCUAAAGUUCGUUUCUUUGGAAAGCGAUGCAUAUCAUACUCACUUGAUAAUUGUAGAUACUAUCCUCGUAAGCAGUGUCAUGACUGGGGAGAGCAAGACCCUUUUGAGAACAUCUGGAUUGAACCGCCUGAAGACCUCUCAACCUUCAUCUGAAAAACACCAGACAGAUAUCGAGCGCCCGUGUCUAAACAAAUUAAUUAUUAAUCAGGAGUCUUUGCACAAGCAUGCACGACGCAGCGAGGAUUCAGUGUACAUGAAGCAUAUUCAAAGUUAAUUCAAUAUUUGGAAGUGAAUUUAUGCCUUCAGAAUAGCAGUAAUGUAGUCCAGACAACCUAAAUUGUAACCUUUUGAGGAUCUUAAGUUUAAGAUCCCUUUCAUAUGAUCUUUAGCGCUACACAGGUACCUGUUGCAAAUUAUGUUUCAGAUAAUAGUGUAUUUUCUAUUAUCUCAUAUAUUCCAUCUCAGAUGAUAGUGUACUUGAUUGAUGUUUUUCCUUUAGCA